UUUUACUAUUCACUACAAUAGGUUUGAACACGUUAUUCAAGGAUGCAAUAAUAGAGGUAAUGAAUAAUGUAGAAAAAUAAGAAAGAAUGUAAAAAGUAUGAAAAUAAGAUAAAAUGUAGAAAAAAUAAAGGUAAUUGAGUAUGUUUAAAGAGAAAACUUACCAAUAUAAAUGUGUCAAACUUUUAAACACAUUAAAAUAUUCAAAUAUUAAAAUAUGAACUAGUACAUGAACAAUUCAAAUAUUCGAAUAGAUAAAAAUAGAGGAAAUAAAAGUGAUUUGUUACGAGCAAGGAAUGAGUGAAAUAAAAUGAAAUAACUCCCAAUAAGUAGAGAAAAAAAAGCAAAGUUUAAAGACUGAAAAUAUCGCACAAAAAAAGUAGAGUAACAAAUCUCUAUUGUUUUUGAAGUGGUAAAAAAGAAAUCUUGACCGGUUCCAAAAGUGCUUUUACUGUGAGUCGUCAGCUUCUCUUUUUUCUCAUUUCAACGCAGUUAGCUCCAUAGUUUCUUCUAAACGUCUUUUUUGAACUAUUUUACUUACAUCAAACAGUUCAUCUAUUUCUGAGAUCCAGGAACUGAAACAGAAUUACCAUCUCAAUGGCAGUUCCUAUAGAAGAGGCCAUUGCUGCUCUCUCCACAUUCUCAUUAGAGGAUGAUCAAUCAGAGGUUCAAGGACCAGGGCUUUGGGUUUCAGUUGAAGGUGGUGCUACCAGCAGCCCAGUUGAGUACAGUGACGUGUCUGCUUAUAGACUGUCUCUGUUUGAAGACACUAAAGCUAUUAAUCAGCUGGAUGCACUUAUUCAAGAAGGAAAGGAAAUCACAUCUGUGCUCUAUACAUAUAGGAGCUGUGUAAAAGCUCUUCCUCAGCUUCCAGAUUCUAUGAAGCAAAGCCAGGCCGACUUGUAUUUAGAAACUUAUCAAGUUUUAGAUCUGGAAAUGAGCCGUUUGCGUGAAAUUCAGCGAUGGCAGGCAUCAACAGCAUCUAAGUUGGCUGCUGACAUGCAACGUUUUUCAAGGCCUGAGAGACGAAUAAAUGGACCCACUAUAACUCAUUUAUGGUCCAUGUUGAAACUUCUUGAUAUUCUUAUCCAACUUGAUCAUCUUAAAAACGCAAAAGCAAGCAUACCAAAUGACUUUUCUUGGUAUAAGAGGACAUUUACUCAAGUCAGCGUGCAAUGGCAAGAUACUGAUUCAAUGAGGGAAGAGUUGGACGAUUUACAGAUCUUCUUGAGUACAAGGUGGACUAUUCUUAUGAACUUGCAUGUUGAGAUGUUCCGUGUAAACAAUGUUGAAGACAUUCUGCAAAUUCUCAUAGUUUUCAUAGUUGAGUCAUUGGAAUUGAAUUUCGCCCUUUUAUUUCCGGAAAAGCACAUUCUUCUUCGUGUUCUUCCUGUGCUUGUUGUCUUAGCAUCAUCAUCGGAAAAAGACAGUGAGUCGUUGUACAAAAGAGUGAAAAUCAACAGAUUGAUUAAUAUAUUUAAGAAUGAUCAUGUUAUCCCUGCCUUCCCAGAUUUGCAUCUGUCUCCAGCAGCAAUUUUAAAGGAGCUGUCGACAUACUUCCCAAAGUUCUCUGCCCAAGCUCGUCUUCUCACCCUUCCUGCAACUCAUGAGUUGCCUCAUCGAGAGUCACAAGAUUAUCAGCGUCAAUAUUUGAUUGUAAACCAUAUUGGGGCAAUCCGUGCGGAGCAUGACGAUUUCACUAUACGCUUUUCUUCAUCUAUGAAUCAGCUUGUACUGCUGAAAUCAGUAGAAGGUGCCGAUAUUGAAUGGGUCAAGGAGGUCAAAGGAAACAUGUAUGAUGUGGUCGUUGAAGGUUUCCAAUUUUUAAGCAGAUGGAGUGCUCGUAUAUGGGAACAAGCUGCUUGGAAAUUUUCGCGUCCAUGCAAGGAUCCUGUCCCAACAGAGUUGCAUGAACCGGCCGGAUCGUAUUCUGACUAUGAAAAGGUCGUUCGUUAUAAUUAUAGUGCUGAGGAAAGGAAAGCUUUGAUCGAACUUGUUAGCUACAUCAAAAGCAUAGGAUCCAUGUUGCAUAAGGCUGAUACACUAGUAGUUGAUGCCCUAUGGGAGACUAUACAUGCAGAGGUUCAAGAUUUUGUCCAAAACACUUUGGCCAUUAUGUUGAGAACUACCUUCCGAAAGAAGAAGGACAUUUCCAGGAUUCUUUCCGACAUGAGGACACUGUCAGCAGAUUGGAUGGCAAAUAAUACCAGGCUUGAUUCUGAUGUUCACUCAUUUCAGCAUGGAAGUGAAGAAAGCAGAGGGAACUUGUUUUACCCAAGGCCAGUAGCACCAACUGCUGCACAGGUACACUGUCUGCAGUUCCUCAUAUAUGAAGUGGUAUCAGGUGGAAAUAUGAGGAAGCCAGGUGGUGUUUUUGGAAACAGUAGCUCUGACAUUCCUGUCAAUGAUUUAAAACAGUUCGAAACAUUCUUUUACAAGCUUGGCUUUUUCCUGCACGUUCUGGACUACUCAGCGACACUGGGAACUAUUACAGAUGUGGGUUUCUUAUGGUUUCGGGAAUUCUACUUGGAAUCUUCCCGAGUUAUUCAGUUUCCCAUUGAAUGCUCCCUUCCAUGGAUGCUGGUGGAUUACGUCUUUGAAUCACACAAUGCAGGUCUUCUUGAGAGCAUUUUGAUGCCAUUUGAUAUUUAUAAUGAUGCUGCUCAGCAUGCAUUAGUGGUCCUCAAGCAACGCUUCCUCUAUGAUGAAAUUGAAGCUGAGGUGGACAAUUGUUUUGAUAUAUUUGUUGCAAAGUUGUGUGAGACUAUUUUCACAUACUAUAAAAGUUGGGCAGCGAGUGAGCUUCUUGAUCCAACAUUCCUUUUUGCCAUAGAUGCUGCUGAAAAGUUUACAUUCCAGCCAAUGAAGCUCAGUUCUCUGUUGAAGAUAACUAGAGUGAAGCUUUUGGGAAGAUCAAUCAAUUUGAGGAGUUUGAUUGCAGAGAGGAUGAACAAAAUGUUUCGAGAAAAUAUUGACUUUUUGUUAGACCGCUUUGAAUCUCAAGACAUAUGUGCCGUCGUGGAGUUGGAAAAGCUUCUUGACAUUAUGCAACAUGCCCAUGAAUGUAUGUCCAAAGAUCUUACACUAGAUUCUUUCAAUCUUAUGAUAAAUGAAAUGCAGGAGAACACAUCUCUUGUAUCGUAUUCUAGCCGGCUUGCUUCUCAGAUUUGGUCAGAGAUGCAAAACGAUUUUUUGCCAAACUUCAUACUCUGCAAUACAACUCAGCGUUUUGUCAGAUCUUCUAGAGUGCCUUCUGUUCCUGUGCAGAAACCCUCUGUUCCGUAUGCAAAGCCAAACUUUUACUGUGGUAACCCUGAUUUAAAUUCUGCUUACCAGAGCUUCGCUCGAUUGUAUUGCGGUUUCUUUGGAAUCCCUCACAUUUAUUCCAUUGUGAAGCUCCUAGGGUCUAGAUCAUUGCCUUGGCUUGUCAGAGCCCUCUUGGAUCAUGUGUCAAGUAAGAUAACUACUAUUGAACCAAUGACUAUCGGCUUACAAGAAGUUUUGCCGAAGUCUAUCGGGUUGCUUUCUUUUGAUGGAGGAGUAGCAGGUUGUAUGAGGAUGGCUAAGGAUAUUCUCAACUGCUGGCAGUCAAAAUCUGAACUCAAAGCUGAGAUUCUCUGUGGAAUCAAGGAAAUCGGGAGUGUGCUGUACUGGAUGGGGCUUCUUGAUAUUGUGUUGAGGGAAGUAGAUACCUGUCAUUUCUUGCAAACAGCCCCUUGGUUAGGUUUAAUUCCAGGCACAGAUGGCCAAAUAAUUCAAUCUCAAGAAGGGGCAGACAGCCCUAUCGUCACUCUUUUUAAAUCCGCAACUGCUGCAAUUUUGUCCAGCCCCGGAUGCUUACAUUCCACAUCAUUCAAGACAUUAUCAAAGCAGGCGGAAGCAGCUGAUCUCUUGUACAUGGCCAAUAUUAACACUGGGAGUGUACUGGAAUAUGCCCUUGCUUUCACCAGUGCAGCUUUAGAUAAAUACUGUGGUAAAUGGAGUGCAACCCCAAAGACAGGGUUUAUAGAUAUCACAACUUCGAAAGACUUCUACCGAAUAUUUAGCGGUUUACAAAUUGAGUACUUGGAGGAAUCUGUUUUAUUGCAAUCAAGCAGCCACGAAAUGUUGGGUGAUUCUGUUUCUUGGGGUGGAUGCACAAUAAUCUACUUGCUUGGUCAGCAACUGCACUUUGAACUUUUUGAUUUUUCACAUCAAGUCCUCAAUGUUGCAGAGGUAGAAGCAGCGGCAGUUGCAUCACCACAAAAGAGUCUUCCAUUUGUUCAGGGGUUGGAUAGCUUAUUGGAGGCUAUGAAGAGAGCAAGGAGGUUAAAUAAUCAUGUAUUCUCAAUGUUGAAAGCCCGAUGCCCACUUGAGGACAAGCAAGCCUGUGCUAUCAAACAAAGCGGUGCACCACUGCAUCGUGUCAAGUUUCAGAACACGGUCUCUGCUUUUGAAACACUCCCUCAAAAGGGUGCUUAAGAUGAAUGUCUGGCUGGCUGCCAGUAAUCCAUGUUUCCCGUCUAUGCACUUGUUCAUCAAUAGAUGGUGGUGGCCGUAGGGUUGGUACUUUUUGGUUUGUGGAACUCCUCCAGUUUGUAUUUUGUAAUACACGUAGAAACAGCUUUUGAGGAACCAUCAUGUAUCAGUAGUUGUGUUCUAACUAAUUGAGCUGUUCACUAAUCUUUUCUCUUCAAAGGUUCAGAUGGGGGGAUCAUAUAUAGCAUGUGAAAGCACUAAAUUCUUAGUUGUCAUGAGCGCACCUAGUCGCGGGAUCAGUGGCGGAACCAUAAAAACAGUCUGGGGGGGUCGAAAAUCAACUAUAUAAAAAAUAAAAUGGUGGAUCUUUUUAACAAUGUCCGAGUUGAAUGUUUCUUAUGUAGUUUAGAUAAAUAGGCACGUGUAGCAAUAAGAUAGACUAUCUUUGCCCUGUUUCUGAGUCAUGUCACGUAAAUAAUGAAUUGAUUAUACAUUUUAAAAAUUUGGGAAUAUAAUCCAUAUUACGC